AUGGAUCUGUCUGGUAAAAUGUUGACCUUCUCAGAGGAAACCAGCACUGUUAAUGUGAAACUGACAGCAUCAGGACAGGAUUUCAGUGCUGUAACUAUCUGUCUCAGGUCCCUUACAGACCUCAGCAGAGCCCACGUCCUUUUCUCUCUGGCCACACCCUCUGCUGACAAUGCUUUCGUCAUAUUUAAGGACGGUGCAAGUGAUAAUGGAUGGAAUACAAAUGCGAUAUUUGGAGCACAGGACUACACAUUUAACAUGUGGCACUCUAUUUGUUCUACAUGGGACCCUACAUCUGGUCUGGUGCAGCUGUGUUUAGACGAAAAGCCCUCAAUUAGGAAAGUCAUUGGUGGAUCACAAAUCAGUGGAUCCAUUAUUAUCCUUGGACAGGACCAGGAUUCCUAUGGUGGAAGCUUUGAGAUUGUGAAUUCUUUCGUUGGCAUGAUGUCUGAUCUCCACAUGUGAAACUACAUCCUUUCAGGCUGUGAGAUCAAGCACAACAUGAAUGAUCUAAACUCCACCUCAGGGAAUGUGCUCAACGGGAGGGCGCUGGAGUUCUAG